AUGGCUACAUCAAGCAGCUCAGCCGGGGACGGGCUGCCGGCCUCACCCCUACUACGUCUCCCUAUGGAGGUUCGCCUGAUGAUCUACGAAUAUAUGCUGUUUCCAUCCUCGCAACCUACGGCUACCAGCGGUACCUCGGUCGCGAAUCUACUGCCAGAUUUCCACACCUACUUCUCCGAAGACACGAACAACGACCGCUUCACAUUGAGCGUACGAACGAUCGAUCCAUGGCUAGGUGCUCAGGCAAGCCGAACAUGGCGUCGCCGAAGUACGUACCACGUCAGGACUGGUACGUUCCCUCACUACCAAGCGCAAUUCACAAACGUAUACUCAUCGAACAUCAAAGGUCCAUUCCUGACCACGACAACACCAACAACAUACCGCGUCCUCCUUUCCCCAUAUACUGCGCACCUGCGUCAUACAGUACCUUCUUUACUCAGCAUCAACCGCCAAAUCCACGCUGAAGCCUCGAAAAUCCUCUACUCGACCUACACCUUCGCCUUCCACACCUGCAUAGAGGCCGCCGUGCCCUUCUUGAGCGACCUCACCCCCUUCUCCCGAAGCCACGUCAGGCGCAUAAGCAUCACGAAGAAAGAGCUACCGUACACCAAAGAAUUCGACCGCGCAGAAUGGGAAAGCCUAUGCGUCUAUCUCGCAGACGCAUCGCGCACCCCCCCUCCACCACCAACCCCCAACCCGAACACCUCCUGGGCGACGCUGCAACCCGCCCCAGCUUCCCCCACCAUGUUCCUCCAGACACUGCACUUGAACAUCAUAGCCGGCCGGCCCGAUGACGGCUGGGAGCACAUCACCGCGCCCACGGCGCAGGACUACGCGACUAUGAUGCGCAUGAAGCAGCAAUGGGGCGGCGGGAGCGUCGGCAGCAUGGAGCUCGAGUGGGUGGAGCAGCUGAUGCGCAUCCGGGGCUUGCGAGAUAUCAGCGUCAAAGCCUUGGUUCAGCACUGUGCGUGCCCCGUAAGCGAGAAGUUGGCGUUUUGGGUCGCGUUCAGUAAGAGUGUGGAGGCCGGCGGGUUUGGGGAGUGGCUUAGAGGGGCUAUGGUGGUGUAG